AUGGAUACCCAGAGCCUCUUCAAUGUGGAGGGCAAAGUGGUGCUGGUCACCGGCGGAGCCAAAGGCAUUGGGCGCAUGAUUUCCGAAGGUUACGUCACCAACGGCGCAACAGUUUACAUCUCGUCUCGAGAUGCCAAGGCUUGCGAGAAGGCCGUGCAGGAGCUGAAUGCUAUUGGCCGGGGAAAGGCGUAUGCUAUUCCCGCGGACUUCUACAAGGAGGAGGAAUGCAGGAGGCUAGCUGAGGAGAUUGCCAAGCGCGAAAGCAAGCUUCAUGUCCUCGUGAACAACUCCGGGUCAAACUGGGGUGCUCCUUACGAUGAAUAUCCCUCGUCUGCCUGGACCAGAGUUCUCACCCUGAACCUUCAACGAGUCUUUGAUCUCACCAAGCUCCUUACGCCUCUUCUUGAGAAGGCUGGUGCGCCGAAUGAUCCAGCUCGUAUCAUUAACAUCGGUAGCAUUGAUGGGUUGAGAGUUCCGGCUCUAGAGACGUUCGCGUACAGCGCUAGCAAGGCUGGCUUGCACCAUCUGAGCCGUGUUCUCGCACAUCACCUUGGCAGGAGGAAUAUCACAUCCAACACCCUGGCUUGCGGUCCCUUCGAGAGCAAGAUGAUGGCCGCCACGUUGGAGAAAUUCCGGGAUUCUAUCGAAGGUGCUAACCCACUGGGCCGUAUUGGCACGCCUCAGGACGUCGCUGGUGCUUGCCUUUUCCUCAGCAGUCGGGCUGGUGCGUACAUCAAUGGUGCGACAAUCACGGUGGACGGUGGUAGCGCGAUUGCUGCGAAGAUGUAG